AUGGGGCUCCCCUUCACAUUCUCGGACCUCGUGAAGGCACCGAAGAUCAACCCUGUGAACAGGAAGGCCAGAACUGUGCCUAUGCUCAAUGUCGUCAACAUCUAUGGACGUGUAUUCUUCUUCUCAUGGUUCGGGUUCAUGAUCUCAUUCUGGGCAUGGUACACGUUUCCUCCUCUGUUGACACAUACGAUCAAAGCCGACCUGCACCUGAGCCCCCAACAAAUUGCCAACUCUAACAUUGUGUCGCUUUGUGCAACACUAAUAAUACGGUUCAUUGCUGGCCCCUUAUGUGAUCUGUUUGGUCCCCGAAAAGUCUUUGCCGGAUGCCUGCUCCUCGGAGCCCUACCGAUAGGUUUGGCCCCACUGGUCCAGUCCGCCAACGGUCUAUACGUGAGCCGAUUUUUCAUCGGAAUAUUGGGUGGUGCCUUUGUCCCAUGCCAGGUAUGGUCGACAGGAUUCUUCGACAAGAACGUCGUGGGCACUGCCAACGCAUUCACCGGUGGUUGGGGCAAUGCCGGAGGUGGCAUCACAUACUUCAUUAUGCCCGCCGUGUUCGACUCAUUCGUUGCCCACGGACACUCCAUGGACCAGGCUUGGCGACUCACCUUCAUCGUCCCCUUGAUCAUGCUCCUAUUUACCGGCAUCACGCUGCUUCUCCUAUGCCCUGACACUCCCGUCGGCAAGUGGAGUGAGAGGCACUCGCAUGUCCAGGAGAACCUCCACUCCCACGGUGUCAUGGGCGACGGCAUCGUCACCGUUCCGGGGAGCAUCAACGAGAAGCCCCUCUCCCCAACAGGCACCAGGGACGGCUCCGUCGACAAAGAAGACAAGGAUGAGAGCAAAUUGGAGGGUGCCGGCAGCCCCAACCCCUACGCCGACAACGAGGCGGUGCUGUCCAAGGACGAGCUGGUCCAGACCGCCCAGGGCGAGGUCAUCAUGAAGCCGUCGUUCAGCGAGGCCAUGAAGGUCCUCGCCAGCCCCCAGACGUGGGUGCAGAUGCUGUGCUACGCCUGCUCCUUCGGCGGCGAGCUGGCCAUCAAUUCGGUCCUGUCGUCCUACUACCUCAAGAACUUCCCGGCGCUGGGCCAGACCAAGGCGUCCAACUGGGCCGCCAUGUUCGGUUUCCUCAACUUCGUCACCCGGCCCCUGGGCGGCGUCGUCGCCGACCUGCUGUACAACAGCUUCGGCCGCAGCGUCUGGCUCAAGAAGGCCUGGCAGCACACCUGCGGCAUCAUCACGGGCGUGCUGCUCAUCAUCAUUGGCCAGGUCAACUCGCACCACCUGCCGACCUUCACGGGGCUCGUCGCGCUCAUGGCCAUCUUCCUCGAGGCCGGCAACGGCGCCAACUUUGCCCUCGUCCCGCACGUCCACCCCCAUGCCAACGGCAUCGUCAGCGGCUUCACCGGCGGCGUCGGCAACCUCGGCGGCAUCGUCUUCGCCGUCAUCUUCCGCUUCAUGGGCCACGGCUCGGACUAUGCCAAGGCAUUCUGGAUCAUCGGCUGCGUCCAUCUUGCUGUUAACGUCCUACUUGCCUGGAUCAAGCCUAUUCCGAAGGGCCAGGUUGGCGGCCAUUAA